GAUCCAAAUGAAGAUACAGAAUGGAAUGAAAUUUUAAGAGACUUCGGUGUUCUUCCUCCAAAAGAAGAACCAAAAGAUGAAAUUGAAGAAAUGGUCCUACGUUUACAGGAAGAAGCAAUGGUGAAACCAUAUGAAAAGAUGACUCUCGCUCAGUUGAAGGAAGCUGAAGAUGACUUUGAUGAAGAAGAUAUGCAAGCUAUUGAAAUAUAUAGGGAAAAGCGAUUACAGGAAUGGAAAGCUCUUAAGAAAAAGCAAAAAUUUGGAGAACUAAGAGAAAUUUCUGGAAAUCAGUAUGUAAAUGAAGUCACAAACGCAGCAAAGGAUGUGUGGGUUGUGAUUCAUCUGUACAGAUCAAGCAUCCCAAUGUGUUUGUUGGUUAACCAGCAUCUUAGUCUCCUAGCAAGAAAGUUUCCAGAAACUAAGUUUGUUAAAGCCAUUGUGAACAGCUGCAUUCAACACUACCACGACAAUUGUUUACCAACAAUCUUUGUUUAUAAAAAUGGUCAGAUAGAAGGCAAACUCAUUGGAGUUACAGAAUGUGGAGGGAUAAAUCUCAAGCUAGAAGAACUUGAAUGGAAGCUAGCAGAAGUUGGAGCAGUGCAGACCGAUUUGGAAGAAAAUCCCAAAAAAAGCAUCGUAGAUGUGAUGGUGUCUUCAGUUAGAAACACCUCUAUUUAUGAGGACAGCAAUAGUUCCAACAGCGAUAAUGACACCAAAUAGAAAUAUUUGAUAAAUAUC